AUAUGGCUACAUUCUCUCGUGUCCUCUUACGUCAAUUAAUACAGUAGUAAAAAUCACACACAUAUAUAUACACAGCGUCCAUAGUAGACAGUUCAAUCGGCGAAUCACGGAUUGCGAGACAUCCACGCGGGCAACUACGUUUUGACACAUUGACCUUCGCGUAUUCUCCUAUUUAUCACGUUCCGACCCCGAACUUGAACGAGGAUUCAAUUUUAAUUUCGCGCUUACGAUUUUUUCCUUCAUCGCAUCCACUACGUUGUUGCAUCGCUCGCGAUAUGAAUACCAGAUUUACGGGAAUAAAAUUGGGGCCUCCCAUCGAGGUUUUCGCGCUGCAAAAGGCUUUCGUCGACGACUCUCAUGACAAUAAAGUGAAUCUAAGUGUAGGAGCUUAUCGCACUAAUGAGGGCAAACCUUGGGUCCUGCCAGUUGUAAGAAAAGUGGAGAAGUUACUUGCUGCUGAUGAUCUACAGAAUCAUGAAUAUUUACCAGUUCUUGGCUUAGAUACAUUUAGUGCGGCUGCUACGAGUAUGUUACUUGGUUCAAAUUCUCCUGUUAUUGCCCAAGGUCGUGCCUUCGGCGUUCAGUCGCUCUCCGGUACUGGUGCAUUGCGGGUUACUGCUGAAUUUUUGAGUCGUAUUUUGCAUUACGAUACCUUUUAUUACAGCAUACCUUCCUGGGAAAACCACAGACUGGUGUUUACUAAUGGAGGAUUUAAACACGCUCGCGAAUAUACAUAUUGGGACGAGAAGACCCGUAGUAUCAAUUUAGAAGGAAUGCUCAAUGAUUUAAAAGAUGCUCCAGAAAAUGCUGUAAUCAUUCUGCAUGCAUGCGCGCAUAAUCCCACUGGAUGCGAUCCAACGCCGGAACAAUGGGCUAAAAUAGCUGAUGUGAUACAAGAAAAACGACUCUUUCCAUUAUUUGAUAGUGCAUAUCAGGGUUUCGCAAGUGGAGAUUUAGAUAAGGAUGCGUACGCCGUACGAAUGUUCGCCGAACGUGGAAUUGAAUUCAUCUGCACGCAAAGUUUUGCAAAAAAUUUUGGAUUGUAUAACGAAAGAGUUGGCAACAUAGUUUUUGUGUUGGCCGAUACGAAGGAAUUAAUUGAAGCUAAAUCGCAAUUGACGUUAAUUAUCCGAGGGAUGUACAGCAAUCCCCCUAAUCAUGGUGCUCGAAUUGUCGCAACAGUAUUAAGAAACCCAGAACUUUUUGAAGAAUGGAGAGAUCAUAUUAGAACAAUGUCCAGUAGAAUUAAAGAAAUGAGAUCAGGUUUGUAUCACAGAUUAUUGAAAUUGGGUACUCCAGGUACUUGGGAUCAUAUUAUCCAACAAAUUGGAAUGUUCUCAUAUACAGGACUCACUGAAAAACAAGUGCAGCAUCUGAGAGAACAAUAUCAUAUCUACAUGUUACGUAGUGGUCGUAUAAAUAUGUGUGGACUCAAUGAAUUCAAUUUGGAUUAUGUGGCAAACGCGAUCAAUGAAACACUAAAGCUCUUCCCAGAAGCACAGAAUGAUUGUACGUGUUAAACUAAGACUUCAUGGUACCCAAAGUACAAAUUAAUGGUCAAACUUCAACAUUGCAAAUAUGGCAAUAAUUUGUACGUAACAAAAUUCAACCCAAUUAGUUCAGAGAAAUGAUUAUUUUCGAUUAAUAUCAAAAUUUAUUACAUGCAAUCAUGCAUUCUGUCUUCAUAUCUUGUUUUGAAAUCAAACUAUUUGAGAUACAGUUAUCCUUCCUGUGGUAA